ACUACUACUCCUACUACUCCUCCUACUACUUCUACUACUACUCCUACUACUACUACUACUACUACUACUACUACUACUACUACUACUACUACUACUACUACUACUACUACUACUACUACUACUACUACUACUACUACUACUACUACUAAUACUACUACUACUACUCCUACUCCUACUACUCCUACUACUCCUACUACUACUACUACUACUACUACUACUACUACUACUACUACUACUACUACUACUACUACUACUACUCCUACUACUACUCCUACUACUACUACUACUACUACUACUACUACUACUACUACUACUACUCCUACUACUACUACUACUACUACUACUACUACUACUACUACUACUACUACUACUACUACUACUACUACUACUACUACUACUACUACUACUACUACUACUACUACUACUACUACUACUACUACUACUACUACUACUACUACUACUACUACUACUACUACUACUACUACUACUACUACUACUACUACUACUACUACUACUACUACUACUACUACUACUACU